UCUCUCUCUCUCUUUGUUUUAUGAAUGUGAAAUGUAUAAGUUUAUUUUUAUUUUAUUAAAUAAUCUUACAUGUUUAUUAAAUAAACAGAAAAAUUUAUCAUAUAUGAUAUAUAUGAUGUGUGAUCGUAAAAGCAUAAUUUAAAAACUUUUAGAAUAUUUGUAAUACAUAUAUUUGUAUACAUAAUAUUUAAAUCUACAUGAUAAAGUGAAAUUGCGACAAAUUUUCGAAAUGAAUGGAUUAUCAGAAGAUGACUCUGAUAGUAGUAAUGAGUAUCUGAUUGAUCCAAAUAAAAUUAAUUUAAAUUCCAAUUUCUUCACAAAAAAGAAAUCAAAUGUUGGGAUAAUUGUAAAUAAAGAUGAUACUGAAAAUGAAAGUACUGAUAACGAGGAACUUGAGAAUAUCACUCAUUUGGAUAAUAUUGAACUAUUCACUCAAGUUUUAAAAAAUUUAGAAAAUUCACAAAAACUUGAGCUCAACAAUAAAAAUAGCGAACAAGAACAAUCACAUUUAAAUUAUCUCACAAAAAAAAAUGAAGAGAUACAAAAAGUAAAAGAAGUAAAAAUCACAUCAUCAAAUGAAAUAAAUGAACUUUUGCUUCAAGGUGAGAGUAAUGUAAGUUUACCCUGUAAAAAUACUAUUGAAAACAUAGCAAAAAAUGAAGAAGAUGCAGAAUCUUCUAAUGAAUAUACCAUCCCAAAAGAUGGUGUAAAGAUUACUUUACCAAGUACUAAUUUAAUAAUAAACAAAAGAAAGAAAGGUAAGCAAGAUUUGAAAGCAAUUUUGAGAAAACGAUUAAAAGAAAGUCAGAUAUUGAUAGAGAAAGUAGGAUUACUUUGUUGGUUAGCUUAUGGGUUUUAUUUGAAUCAACAAAUAAAUUUACCUGAAAUACUUACUGGUGUAUUAUCAUUAAUUUCUGAAUCUAAUUAUCCAAAUAAUAGAAUUGAUCUAUCAUACUUAGAAAAAUUUACAAAAUGGUUCAAACGUAUAUUUAUAUUUGAAUCUGUUGAAAGCAAUGCUAAUAAAAAAAUUGAUAAAGAAACUUUAUUAAAAAUAGUGAAGGAAAAGAAAAUUUCUAAUUAUAAAGAAUUAGUAUUACUAUACAUUGCUACAUUAAGAGCUUUAGGUUUAAAUUGCAGAUUAGUUAUUUCUCUUUGUCCUCCCCAUCGAAUUUUUAGUAAUAGCCCAUUAUUUAAAUCUGAUGUAAAAAAUGAAGAAAUUAAAUCAAAAAAUAUAUCUAAUAAAAUCAAGCAAGAAAAUUCAAAGAAAAAAAAGGAAAAAAAGGAAUCUUCUGAAAGAACAAAUGUAAUUCAAAAUAGUCCAGAAGCAAAAAAAAAUAGAAAUGCAGAAUCUAGAAAAAGGGCAGCUGAGAUUUUACAUUCAAAAUUGCAAAAUAAUAAAAAAUCUAAAUUUGAUAUUAAUCAAGAUUCCAAAAUUAAAAAUAAAUUAAUUCAAAAAUUAAAUUCUAAAAUCACAGAAAAGGAAGAUGAAUUAAAAUCAGUUGAAAAUGAAAAAAAUAUAUCCAAUUUAAGACAAUUAAGAUCUCGUAAAAUUCAUAUUAAUUCUAAAGAUAAUGAAAAAGAUAAAGAAAUAAAAUCUACAGAUUUGAUUUCAAAAACUGAUGGCACAAAAUCAAAAUAUUAUAUAAAAGAAAGUUCCACAGAUUCUGAAACAGAAUUUCAACCAAAAAUAAAACGUAUAACAAGAAAAAGUUUAAAUAAUACUAAUAAGGAAAAAGCAUCACAAAGUUCUUUGAAUAUUAAAAAAAAUAAAAAAUUAGUAUCUUCUGACAGUGAAGAUGAAGAAAUAAAUAAUACAAGAAAUAGACAAGAUAUUUGGGCUGAAAUAUAUUUAGAUUCAGAAGAAAGUUGGAUUUGUGUAAAUAUAAUGGAUGAAAAAAUUCAUUGCAUAACUGAAAUAUAUAAAAAAACAACAAAGCCUGUAUUAUAUGUAGUUGCAUGGAAUUCUGAAAAUUUAAUAAAAGAUGUGUCUAGACGCUAUUGUCCACAUUGGCUUACAGUCACAUAUAAACAACGAGUUGAUGAAAAAUGGUGGCUUAAAACCUUGUCUUAUUGGAAAGAGAAGGAUACCGCUAUUUCUAAAGCUGAAGAUGAAAUGCUAUUACAAAAAGAAUUAGAACAACCAUUGCCUAAAACAAUUAGUGAAUGCAAAGGGCAUCCAUUGUAUAUCAUUCAAAAACAUUUACUUAAAUUUGAAGCAUUAUAUCCUCCUGAUUGUGUACCUUUAGGAUAUACUUCUACAGGUUGUGCCAUUUAUUCUCGUCAUUGUGUACAUACUCUUUAUUCAAGAGAAACUUGGUAUAGAAAAGGCAGAAUUGUAAAGUCAGAUCAAGAACCUUAUAAAAUAGUUACAGCUCGUCCAAAAUAUGAUAAACUUUCAGGAACAAAAAUUAAAAACUCACCAUUAGAAUUAUUUGGUAAAUGGCAAACUAUGGAAUAUGAACCUCCAAUAGCUAAGGAUGGUAUUGUUCCUCGAAAUGAAUAUGGAAAUGUAGAUUUAUUUCAACCAUCCAUGCUUCCAAAAGGCACUGUUCAUAUAAAUCUUCCAGGUUUAUAUCGAAUCGCUCGAAAACUUAAUAUCGAUUGUGCACCUGCUGUAGUAGGUUUUAAUUUUGGAUCUAUGGGUGCAACACCUGCAAUGGAAGGUUACAUCGUUUGCAUUGAAUACGAAGAUAUAUUGCGAGAAGCUUGGGAAGUUGAACAAGCUGAAGCAAUUAAACGAACCAAAGAAAAGAAAGACAAACGAGUUUAUGGAAAUUGGAAAAGAUUAAUUCAAGGUUUGUUCAUAAGAGAACGACUAGCAGCAAAAUAUGAAUUUUCAGAAGAAAAAAAAUUAAUAACUAAUAAACAGACAAAACAAAAAGAAAAUAGGCGUAAAGAAAAUUAAUACUCUCUUGAAGAGUAAAAAAAUCAUUUAAAUAUUCUAUAAUAUAUUCUAUAAUAAAAAAAAAAAAUAAAAUAAUAAGAAUAAAUAGAAUAUUAAAAAUAGUAUAUAGAAAAACAUUAAAAUAAUAUCUCACUGUGAUAUUUUCUACUUCAUUAAUUAUUUCUAUCAAUUUUUUAUCAACAAUAAAGCAUUAUUAUUAUAAGUAUUCAUCUCAUUUAGUAUUAUCUUAGCAAUAAAUCACUAUCAUAAAAGAAAUAAAAUUUUUAUUGUUAUUUUUUAUUUUAUAAUUAGAAAAUUAUUGUAAUUGAAUUGUUAAAAAUUUUUUCAAUGAAAAUAAUAUUAAACAUGAUAUUAAACAAAUGAUAUUAAUCUGAAUGAAUUUAAAUUACAUAAGUAGCACACAAUGUAUACUUAUAAAUGAAUUACUAAAAAAAAAUUGAGAUUUUCUUUAUAUUUUUGUUUAAUAUUUUUUAUAAAUUCAAAAAAUAAAAUGAAAAAAAUAACAAUUUAUUAUUUAUAAAAUACUAUUAUUAAGUAAAUUAUUUAUCAUGUAUUAUUUAGGUUAAUAUAUUGGAUCUAAGAAAUUUUUUAAUAAUAUUAUUAAAAAAUAUUUUAUUAUUUAUUUCUUAUUAUUUAGAAUAAGAUUUAUUUACAUUUCUAUUGUUAUAAAUAAUCUUUUAAAUUAAGAGAAUUUUAGAAUAUAUAAUGUAUGUUAUUUGAAUUAUUCAAAUACUAUUUUUUUAUUCUUAUAAUAUGUAUCGUAUUAUGAUCAUAUAUUAUUUAGCAAUUAAUAUUAAAAUUAUGCAAGAUAUUUCUAUUGAAUAUAAGCAAUUAUUUUUUAAUUAUAUAAUAUAAUUAUAAUAAUAUAUAUUAUAAUAUAUAUUAAUAAUAUAUGCAAUAUAUUCAUGUAUUGUGUUUUUAUAUACUUUAUCCUACUAAUAAUGUAUAUUUAUAUAUUAUAUUUUUACAUAUUUUACUUUUAGUUUUAAAAGCAGAUAUUAUAUAAUUUUACUAUAUAUAAAAAUAUAUAUACAAAAAUAUAUUGUAAUGUAGUUAGAAAGAAGAUAAUGUCUCGUUAAGCUAUACAUAAGUAUAUGUAUAUAUAUAUAUAUAUACAUGAUAUCCCAUAUAUAUGCUAAUAUAUCUAUGGGAAAUCUUUAAAGAAUCAAUUUUAAAAGUUAAAACAAACGUGAAAAUUAUGUUGAUUAAAGUUGAUUAAAGUUUAUUUAUUAUUAUAAAUAAAAUAUAUACUAGAUGAAACAAAA